GAGCUUGUCAUAUGGAUUCGUGUGUACAAUAUAGAUCGUGAAAUACGCAUUAUGUUCGUCGACCAAAAGUAAACAGUGUUUUCCACUCGAAAGAAAACUACAAAUGGUGAGAAUUUUUCAAAAUGAGUUGGUUUGAAACAGGGGGGCUAAGUAGCUUUGCCAAGACAGCCCUAUCGAGCGCUCAGAAGUCCAUAGAUCGGGUGUUGGACAUUCAAGGUGAUGAUGCAGAAACGGCGAACGAUGGCGACUCUGGAGGAGGGCGGCAGGGGGGGUCGCGAACAUCGACAUCGCGGGCUGGCACGUCGACAGAUCCCGCCAAGACAACCCGCAACACACGCUCAAAAAAUGAUACUUUGUCGCCAUCAUCAUCAAAAUCCAACAUCAACAGUGACGACAGCUUCUUCAGCGCUUUCUUGAAUGAUCCCACCCCAUCCAAGCCAUCCCCUACCAGGACCAAGACAAACAGAACACCAGGCAGGGUGGCAGCAGUGGACUCGCCUACCAAGACAUCCCAGAGGCAGAAACCGGAUGAGGAUGUGAAAAUGCUUGAGAAACAAGAGGCAUGCAAGAACGACGACAGAGAAGUGGAGAAACAACUACAUGUAGGACGAAAAAUUUUGUCUGAGGACGUUUCCGUUAGCCUGGUUCCUUGUGAGACAGAUGCAACAGUGCAAGGGGAGGAGACCAGAUCCCCAACAGACCUUGUUGAUGAGAAACUGAAGGAGCAGGAGUCUGCGGAUUUCUCUAACCAGUCGCUGAAUCCUUUGGAAAUCUCCAUCACAGAUGCAGGAUCCAUGACGGGUUCCACGUCUUCGUUCGUACCAAUUUCCAAGGAGGAUGUUGAGGACUGCCAGCAGGCUUCUAUUUCCCCGCACUCUGUUGAUGACCUCAUGAGCAUUUCACAGGUCGGACUUUGCCGGGACUCUGACAGUCAGGAACCAGACAAGAAGGAACCCAGCGAUGAACCGGAGACGGAAGCCAAAAAAGACUUUGCUGUCAAGACCCGAGACGGUUCGCCCACGGAUGCCAAAUCAGAACACUCGGUGGAAACGAACCCAGAGAGUCACGCCACGUCCAGCAGCAGCAGCGAUUUCGUCAUCAUCAACGAGAGUGCCGGCAGCGAGCAGUCAUCACUCAGCAACUACGACACUAGGGAAUCUCCGGAUAAUCAAUCCCCAAAGCAUUUCUCGUCCUCCUCCAACGGGAAGAGAAGCCCGGACAGUGAUUUCAGCAUCAUCUCUGAGGGACGGUUUCAUGAUGUGUCAGACAGCAGCCAUCAAAUCCCUUCCCUUUUGGAUGCUUUGCACCAUCGUCGGGACUCUGCUACUUACUCGGCUGAUGUCGAAUCAGAGGACCAAGACGAGAGGGAAGUGUCAGCUUUCGACACGUCCUUUAAGUCACUGGGAGGGAGCGACGAGUUUCGAGAGGGAAGCAGAACCCCAACUCAAGAGGAGAGGCAAAACUUGGAUCUGACAGUGGCUAAAGAGGAAGAACAUCAUGAUGAGAACACACCAAGACUCUUGGCUGUCAAGAAGGCAACAGCUGACUCAACAAACACAAAUCCAGCUGGCACGGACAACCCGGAGCAGUCCCAGAAUCCUUUGCAAACAGAAACAUUACUCAAGAAACUGGCUGACAUGGCUCAGGUCCUGCAGGCCAGGGAGGCUCAAACCCUGACACUCAGCAACAAGAAUGCUGACCUACAAGAAGCUGUCAACAUCUUGAAGAGUCAACUGCAGCAAUCAGAGGAAGCAAGAGAGACCGAAAUGACCGACCUGAACCAACUGACGGAGGAGUUCACUCAGCGCAUCUCUUCCAUGGAGAAGAAGCUACAGGUCUCGCAGAAAGAACGAGACAAUCUGAAGAAAGACGUCCAGAAACUCAACAAGGAAAUAGCCAGCAGAGAUGGCAACAAUCAGACAGAAGGCAUCUUGAAGGAGAAAGACGAGACGAUACGAGACCUGAUGGCCGAGGGUGAGAAACUCUCCAAACAGCAGCUGCAAAACUCCAACAUCAUCAAGAAACUACGCAGCAAGGAGAAAGACAACGAGACACUGAUCCAGACACAGAAAGAGCAACUGGAUGAAGCCACAACGAGAGUGAGUCACCUUGAAGAGGUAUUGGACGGCAAGGAAGAGCUGGAGAAACAACAAAAAGAUAUCAUCAAGAAGAUGAACAGCGUGGUGGAGCGUCAGGAGAAAGAGAUCAGCAACCUGCGCACUGAGCUGGAGGACUCCAAGGAGAAGACACGAAGCACCCAGGCAGCGCUGGACGCUUCUUACAAAGACCUGGCCGAGUUGCACAAGAACAUUGCCACCAAAGACAGUCAGGUCCAGGAGACCCAGCUGAGUGCUGAGAUGAACGCUAAGGAGGAGCUGAGAUUAGCCCUGGAGCGCAGCCAGCAAGAAGCAAGAAGGGAUCACGAGUCACUGCUGCUGCAGGUGAGUGAUCUUCAGAUGUCUAUGAGCAGACAGGAGCAGCAUCAGGCUCGCAAGGAAGGCCACCUGAGACAGGAGAUAUCAGACCUGCAGAUGAGACUACAGGAAGCGGAGGCACGUAACCAAGAACUCAGCCAAAGCGUCAGUGCAGCCACUCGCCCCUUGCUGCGUCAGAUCGAAAACCUGAACACCACCUUCAACGCCCAGUCAGGCAAUUGGGAACAGGUAGAGCGCAGCCUGACGGAACGCCUGGCAGAGAGCCAAGCCCAGCUGGCCUCUUCCACCGAGAAGGAGCGCAACGCCACGGAGUGCGCCCUCAUUGCCGAGUCCAAGCUGUCCUCACUGGAGUCGCAGCUUGCCCUGCUGCGGCAGGACAAGUCGCGGCUGCAGGCCGGGCUGGAGAUGGAACGGGCCAAACUGGAAACCCUGGAGGAAGGAAAGGAGAGAGAGAUGGUCCACACGGAAGCCCAGAUAAGCACGUACACCAAGGCCCUAGAAGAAGCCCAGAGGGAGAAAGCUCACUUGGAGAAACAGCUGGCGGUGGAGAAGAUGAGGGUGGAGGCGGAACGGCGCAAGCUGCUGCUGGCUCAGGACGCCUUGAAUGAGAAGGAGCGGAGGUUGAUGCAGCAGACGGAGGACAGCAACAGUUCCCACGGCAACCAUUCCGGAGCCAGCACCCCUGUAAAGAAUCUGCCCAGCACUCCCGGCCCAUUCCAUACCCCAAGUCAGGUUGAUAUUUUGGAGCGGACCAUGUCCUGGUCCACCUCAGGAUCCCUGUAUGACAGCAUCGCUGGAGGGUCAGCCUCAUCCGUCAUUGAAGGGUUACAGUCACAGCUCAAACAGAGAGAGGGGGAGAUCGUACAACUACAGGGAGAGAUUGUCCAGCUUGAGCGUACCCGGGCCUCAAUGGCAGAGGAGAUCGUCAAACUGUCCAACCUGAAUGAGACGCUGGAUGAACAGGCCACGCUGGUGCCAGAGUAUAAGAGGAAACUAAUGGAGACAGAGACUCGCUACAACGCCGUCCUGCAGAUGUACGGGGAGAAAGCUGAGGAGGUACAAGAACUGAAGCUGGACCUCCAGGACGUCAAAGAGAUGUACAGACAACAGAUUGAAGAUCUCAUUAAUUCCUGAGCAAAGCAAAGAUUAAUCUGCCAAACUUGUGGCAACACAAGGCAUCGUGCAAUCUUGUAAAUAAUCCUUGUCACCCAAACCCCAGGAAAGUCUGCUGAAAUUAACGAUGAAAAUUCCCAGAUGAUGUGAUGAAAGAAUCUGUACAUAAAGGCUUCAGAUAGAUUGGUGUACAUGCCAUUUGCAAUCAGCUGCUUCGAAUCUCAAUAACAGCAAUAUGUGACAAUCUUACUAUCUAAUCUAUCACUAGUCCGGUCACAUGUAACGGAGGAUGAACAAUAACAAAGGAACACCUUUGUAACAGUUCAUAUGAAUUGCUUGUGACUUGACUUAGGACAAGGACUGUGAUGGACUUGUGAGGACUUUUGAUGGACAGAACUGCAAACUGGUAUCAAGUGAAUUUUAAAUUACAAUAUUGUACAAAUCUGAUUAUUAUGGAAAUCAGCUAAUUCAAAUCGAAGAAAAAUGAAACGGUUAAGUACAAAUUUGAGUUGAUAUUUUGGAUUUGUUCUAGAAAUUUAGGGGAAAGGUUCAUCGCUAAGUUCCAGUUGUAAUAAAAAUUGGGAAUGAUGUCAAAUUUAUAGAGCGCAUACUAGUGUAACAGUUAAGAAGAGAAUCGAAUUGUAAACAAAAUAAGAAACGAUUUGCUGCAGUUUUAUCUGAUGAAAAUGAUUGAAUUAUCUAUGUUCUUUGUGUAAUAUGUGUGGAUGUAGAGGUUUUCCCUUUAUUACUGAGGACUUGGAGCAAAGGUUACCUGUGAUAACAAUUACUCUGAGGACAUGAGCGCAAGUCCUCAGUAAGUUUUGUGUACAAACCUUAUGGGACCAAGUCCUCAGUUGGUUUUGUGUACAAACCUUAUGGGACCAAGCCUCAGUAGGUUUUGUGUACAAACCUUAUGGGACCAAGUCCUCAGUUGGUUUUGUGUACAAACCUUAUGGGACCAAGCCUCCGUAGGUUUUGUGUACAAAACCUUAUGGGACAUGUCAAGAAAAAGUUUGUAAAUGAAACGCACUGUUCCUCGGUAUUAUAGUAAAACCAUAAUUAUUAUUAUUAUUUCUUUUUGGUAAUGAAACCAAGGAUUUCUCAAAAGUGCCCUAGACACUGUAGCUCGCAAGCAUGAAGAAACUUGUAGACAGGAGGCAUUAGAAGAAAUUACAGUUUUAGAGGUGGGAGGAAAACCCCAGAAUAUUUUGGGGAAAACCCACGGAAUCAGACAGGGACUGAAAACCCAAUUCACAUGUUGGCCCAGGCGGGAUUCGAACCCGGGUCACAACGCGGUGAAAUGUGAGGAAAGUACCGCUACGCCAACCUAUUGUCCGGCUUCAAAGGAUUCAAAAAUGUGAACAAUUAAGGAAAUCGGUUGCAGUCUAAAUUUGGUUCUCAAAACAUAACUUUUUGAUUUUUUCAACGGGGAUCUAUGUCAAACUGUUUUGUGCCUUAAACCCAAGCAUGUAAAGUGUCUGUACAUACAUGUAUGUAGUUCCAUCUUGUACAUUAUACACACACCAACAAAGUUUUGUUUGUCAGUAUUUAAUGAAAUAUCGUAGUCCUGAAAGGAUUUUUUUUUUUUGUUGAAUUUUAUUUUGGCACUUUUUUAAAAGCGGGAUUGAUUUAAUGAUUAUAUUUUUUCUUUGCUUUUAUGUUGGGAAGGGGGGAUGGAUAAAACAAAUGUUUUAUUAAUUGAAGUGUAAGUUUUGAAAUUUAUACUUGGUUGACUUUGUGCCAAGUCCUGGUGGGAGAAGAAAUUAUUCAUGUUAAAUUAUUGAAGAAAUUAUUUUUGUAUUUUGUUUUCUGUACUUAUUAUUCAGUAACUAAAUUGUAUUUCCCACCAUACUUUGUUGCUGCACAAAGUUUUGUGCACAGAGUGUGUUGUCUGAUGUAAAAAACUAUAUUUUCUUUUAAAUUCAAGUUCCCUGCAAUUAAUGCUUAAUAGAAACAAUGUAGAUAUUACAAAAAAUAAAAUAAAAUUAUACAAAGACA